GGGGCAGCACACAGCCACAGAGCCGAGCCGGGAAAGAAAACAGCAGGAACUCAUGCUACACACCUGGCAGCGCGACGCUUGGACGGAACCACAUAGAUGAAGUUCCCCUGGAGCACCUCACCGCGUUUUAGGUGACCCCGUCGGCUCACACUUUUUACGGCAGAAUCACUCGUGAAUAAGGGGGAGCGGGCGGCGACAUUCAGCGGGACCCCCGAGUCGAUAGAUGCAGCUGUAGCACCGCCCAGACCACUAAGUUAUUUAACACCGUGGCUCGUCAACAGAUUUUUUAAGGGGCUUUAUUAAUUCUCUGAAAUUGCGCUUUAGAAAAGGGUCGAACAACCUCUCAAGAGCAGCUUUGUAACGAGCCGUUUUUGGUAGUGGUCGGUCCCUCCCCGCUGUUCGCACAUAUGACCGCUACGACACGGACAGAUACCUUUGUUUCGAAGCUUUUCUCCCCCUCGGAGCCUCCUGGUUUUGUCUCUACAGGGGAAGGCAGGAUGUGCGCAGGCGCGUCGCGCUACUCUAGAAAACAACAGUAUCUUACUAUGGGCUGAUUUUUCUCCAAAGAGCCGCCGCCGUUUGUAGAGCCUCGUCUGCGCUGCGUUUGCGUCGCGUCAGUAAAUAGUAAAGCUGCUGCACUUCUGUCUCUUUCUCUUUGCUGUUCAGACCAAGACAGACAGGCCGCUCCAGCCGAGGAAACACGGCUCCCAGUUUUGAAACCUACAUUUUUAUUUUUUUUAACUUUUUAACUCUGAGCACUCCCAAGGGUUGAGAGUUCCCCUUUUGUAGCCCUCCUCCUCCUCUUCCCAUCUCUGCCUUCACAAGAGGUGGCUCAUUGGAUUCAUGGAGGACCAGGCCCGCAUGAUGCUGGGUCACACUGGACUACCUGGACUGUCUCAUGAGGAUGUGGGCGAUCCUGACAUCACGAGGAAACAUCACAGCCUCGGUCAGCCGCAGCAGAACAUUGGUGACAUCCUCCAGCAGAUCAUGGCCAUCACAGAUGAGAGUCUGGAUGAGGCCCAGGCCAGGAAACAUGCUUUAAACUGCCACAGAAUGAAGCCCGCCCUCUUCAGUGUCCUGUGUGACAUCAAAGAAAGGACAGCCCUGAGUAUCAGAGGCAUCCAAGAAGAGGAAGGUCCGGACCCUCAGAUCAUGCGACUGGACAACAUGCUGUUAGCGGAGGGGGUCGCAGGCCUGGAGAGGGGCGGCACGUCUGCAGCGGCGGCAGCGGCAGCAGGGGGGUCGCCUGAUGAUUCGAGCUUACAACACGCCGAAUACAGAGAGAAGCUCGCUCAGAUACGGCAGAUGUACCACACUGAGCUGGAGAAAUAUGAACAGGCCUGCAGUGAAUUCACCGACCAUGUGAUGAACCUGCUGAGGGAACAAUCCCGUACGCGGCCCGUCUCACCCAAAGAGAUAGAGCGAAUGGUCGGAAUCAUCCACUGCAAGUUCAACACCAUCCAGAUGCAGUUAAAGCAGAGCACAUGUGAAGCUGUCAUGAUCCUACGCUCCAGGUUCCUGGAUGCCAGGCGGAAACGAAGAAACUUCAGCAAGCAGGCGGCAGAGAUCUUAAACGACUAUUUUUACACCCAUCUGGCGAACCCCUACCCCAGUGAGGAGGCCAAGGAAGAGCUGGCCAAGAAGUGCUCCAUCACUGUGUCUCAGGUGGCUAACUGGUUUGGAAACAAGAGGAUUCGGUAUAAGAAGAAUGUUGCAAAGCUCCAGGAUGAAGCUAACCACUAUACGAAGAUGUCAGCUGCCAGUGUGUCGUCACAGGCAAGCCAAGUCAAUUCCCCAGCCACACCAAACUCAGGAGGAUACCCAGCCCCAUGUUACACUCCUGAUGGGAGGUAAUGAGUACCUGCCAGGACCUUCCAUGUUGAUGAUGGCUGGCAGGACAGUGGUGAUCCCUCCUCCCACCUCCCCCCACCCAGAGCACCAGGCAGCAAGCACUACUCCGGCUGAUGCUCCACCCUCCCUCCCCACUCCCCAUCCUGCUCCUCAGUCUAAUACAACCCAGACUAUAGGCUGACCUCCAGCUGAGCCACAAACAGACUCUUCAGCAGUUCCAAAACGCUGAACCUUUUUUCGUUUGUUUUGCUCUGUGAUGCUGAUCCUUCCCCCACAUCCCUCCUGCAAGUUUUUUAACCCCUCCUCUUCAUGAAUGUCUCAGCGCCUCUAUUUUUUGUUUCUUUUUACUAUUACUCACCCCAUGUUCCUUCUAUUUCUGUUUAAAAAGGAAAAUAAAUGAUGAACAGAAUCUUUUUAAUAUCAUAUUUAGCGUUUUCUUGGCAUUGAAAGAACAUACAUAGUCAUACAUACAUUGACAUUUAUAAGCAUCUCCCCCAUCCACACCCCCACCCUCAGCAUCAGAUAUUCAGGGAAAAAGAAAAGAGAGAGAAAAAAACAUUAUAAUUACAUAGGUUAAUAAGAGGUAUAGUACUUGUUUAUAGGUGCUGUUGUUUUAUUUAUCAAUGUCAUUUAUUCAUUUAUCCCUGAUUUCCAGGAAGUGCAUACAAUUGUCCCAUAUUUCCCUGAAUUUCUUUGAUUUCCAUCUGACCACAUACGUUGCUGAAUUUCUCCAAAGCAGAAGGCGAGAGAAAGCCUUUUCAGCGUUCUUUUCCACCUGUGAAGGCUCAGGGCCUGUAUGUGGCCUUGAAGCAGACGUGGAUUCAUCAUUUUAUUUCAAAGAAUUAAAAUAAGACAAAAAAAAGGACAAAAAGAAAGCAUGUAGAUUUUAUUAUUUCUUUUAUCUUGUUUUUUAAGAAAACCGUUGCCACUGAGAAAAUGCAUCAAAAUACUAUAACAACUGCUAAAUGGCAGAAAUGACCAAAAAUGAAUAAACAGUCACU